UUGUUUCGAAGGUUAUUAUCCACUAUGGUCGGGGAUCCAUCUAUCGUGUAUUUAAAUACACGUUGAUGAAAGUGAAUUUUAUCACACGUAGUUAGUUACCACAACUACCAGUUAAGUCACACAUGUCGUAUGGAACUACCUAGUUCACCUAUACCUAUUUUCGUAAACAUAAACGAAUCAGUGAUACGUUCGAACUUUUACAAAAAAAACUAGUAUGUAAUUAUUAGUUGCAAAAACCAUGAACAAAAUCGACCAAUUUUCCGUUUUAAUUAGUGCUAUUUCUGCGAUACGAGUACGUUAAUCCAAGUUUUGUUAUUGUUCGUUGCGCGUUGUUUCGUAAGUUAAUUUAUUGGAAAUUUGCGUAAAUUCGAAAUUCGCCGAUCUGAAAACAAUGGCCGAGGAAAAGUUCACAUAUGAAAAUUUGGAUAGUGAAACGAACGAUUUGUUACUGAAGUAUUUUACGACACCUUUUCGAACUGGAUACAUCAAGUGCAAAGGAUAUGUAUUGCCGGAGUACUUUAGAGAAUUCGGAGACAGGAUUAGACAGAUGGAAAUCAGAGACGAUGAUAUUUGGGUUUGCUCGUUUCCAAAAACUGGAACUACCUGGACCCAGGAAAUGGUAUGGUGCAUUGGACACAAUGCUGAUCUCGAAACAGCCAAAGAAUUUCUUCCAAGACGUUUCCCAUUUUUAGAGCAUUCUCCAUUAUUUGAUUAUAGAAACUUAACGGCGAACAAUCCAGAAAUCAAAUUCCCUCCGUACGUAAUGGAUUCGAUUGAUUAUAUAAACAAAUUACCAUCACCUCGAUUUAUCAAAGCUCAUGUGCCUUUUGAACUACUGCCUGAUAAAUUGCAAAAUUAUUCCACUCAAGCUAAGAUUGUAUAUGUUGCAAGAAAUCCCAGAGAUACCUGCGUUUCUUAUUAUCACCAUUGUAAAUUAUUAGAAGGAUACAAAGGACCGUUUGAUAAAUUCGCGCAGUUGUUUUUAGAAGGAAAUAUUACCUUCGGACCAUUUUUCAAUCAUAUAAAAGGAUAUUGGAAGCAAAGAAAUAAUCCGAAUGUUUUGUUCUUGAAAUACGAAGAGAUGAAACAGGACCUGAAAUCAGUAAUUUAUAAAACAGCCGAUUUCAUCGAGAAAAGUAUCGACGAAGAAGACGUCGAAAAACUCCUAGACCACCUAUCAUUCUCCAGCAUGAAAGUAAACCGAGCCGUGAAUUACGAACCGGUCAUAGAAAUAAAUAAAAAAUACAAAUUGAUCGAAGAAGAUGGAAGUUUUAUGCGAAAAGGAGAAAUUGGCGAAUGGAAGGAAACAAUGGAUUCGGAUUUAUGCGAAAGAUUUGAAAAAUGGGAAAAGGAAAACUUGGACGAGAUCGAUUUCACUUUUUCUAUUUGAUUUCCUAUUUAUAUAUAUACCUACUUUUGUGAUUAAAUACCUACCUAUUUCAUUAUCUAUAGUUGUAUCUUGUGACCGUAUGAUAAUGUGUGAAUUAAAUAAUAAGGCAAAUACAAAUUAAUUCAACUUCAA